UAAAUAAGUUUUCAGUUUCAUCUUCCAUUAAUGGGCCAAUAACUUCUCAAGAUAUUUUAUUUUAUAUAUAUAUAUAUAUAUUUACACACAUACACACGCGUUUCUCCUUCUGCUCUCUCUCCUCCAUCCCAAAGAAGAUGAAGCUUUUCAGCACUGGGUUGGAACAAGCAAAUCUGCUGAUCAACAGUAAUAUACUGCUAUUGUUAUGGAACGAUAUCUCAGAGCUUUACAAGGACUUCAAUAAUGCUCAUGAUCACUCAUCUUCGAGUCUCAGAUUCAAUUUGCGCUACGACCACCAAAAGAAAUUCACUGUGAUUACAUUUGUUACUAAGCCCGAUUUUGCCACACACCAGCUUCUUCAAGAAGGUGCUGAUUUGGUCCCGUCUUCGUCGUCGAUUGCCGCGGAAAGUUUCGCUCUUUUUGGAUUUCUACGCCGAAAGGCCGAUUUCGCCGUUGACAGAGCUGCCAUUACCCUCUUUGACCGCCACCGACACCAGCUUUCUCAGCUGAAAAAUGAGAUAAACUAUUCAUACCCAAUAAUUGUCACUGGACACUCUCACGGAGGCUCAAUUGCUUCGCUCUUCACGUUAUGGCUCCUGGAAAGCGUCAACUUCUCAAACACCAAACGCCCAAUUUGUGUCACAUUUGGUUCACCCCUUAUCGGUGACAGCAACCUGCAAAAGACCCUGUUUCUAUUCUCUCCUUGGAACUCUUGCUUCCUUCAUGUGGUCUCAAAACAAGAUCCAGUACCUAGGAAGCUCAUAAACCAUAAUGCUAAUGACUACAAGCCAUUUGGGACAUUCCUCCUGUGUUCCAAUUUGGGCUGUUCUUGUUUUGAGGAGCCCGAUACCAUUCUUAAAUUGUUGGGGACAACUGCCUCAGAAGGUUCCGAUCAAGGAGGUGAUUAUGGAAACAUUUUGGAAACUCUUAAACGCAAGGCCUUAUUCAAGAAUGUAUUGGACGCCGACUGGGCUAGUAGUCCGUAUGCAGCAGGCAUUGUUACACAACUCUCAGCAAUAGAGCAGUAUAACCUGAAUGAAGACAUAAACCCACUGGUUGAAUGGAUAGAGAAACAGGAAAUGAAGUUCCUAAUGGGAAAAAGGAAAGUUAAUCCUGACAAGAAGUUGAACGAGUCCAAAAUAAAUAUGGCGAAACUCGAAUGGUACAAGAAGACCUCCAAGGAUAAGGGAAUUGGAUACUAUGACAGCUACAAAAACAAGAGCUUUAUGAGUGACAUAAACGUUGAGGAGAUUGUUAAAAGAUUGAUCAACUACUGGACAGACGUGGUUGAAGAAGCAGACAAGCAGCCUCAGGAAGAUGGAGCCUCCCUACGGACUCGAUGGCUUUUCGCUGGUAUAACCUAUAUGAAGAUGGUUGAGCCACUUUACAUAGCCGAUUACUACCAUGAGAAUAGUCCUCCGGACUAUAAAAGUCACGGAAGGCUUGAACACUUAACCCGCUUGGAGCAAUUGUCCGCUGCAGCGAAGAAGACCAAUAAGAGCAUUUCAAUUGAGAAAAGAAAGAAUGUUGCUCAUAUUCUGACUGAAGAUUCUUGCUUUUGGGCAAAAGUUGAGGAGGCUAUCAAUUUAUGCAAAUUGAUGAAGAAAGAAGAAGCAAGUGUUGAAGAGAAGAAAACUUGCGAUGAGAAGUUGAAGAAGUUUGAGAAAGAUGUGCUGGUUUUGCUCAAAAACUAUUCAGUGUCUCCUGAGAUAUUCUUGGGAGGAAGCAGCUUCAUGGACUGGUGGAAAGGUUACAAGGACGCUAUGGGAAGAUCCUAUUCCUCAGAACUCACUAAAUUCAUGGUGAGUCGAAAAUAUAAAGACUAUUCCGAAGGGAAGUUCUGAAUUAUAGAUUAUUGUUACCCAAAUCUCACUUCAUUGUGCUACAUUUACUAGUCAACUAAGUCUAAUAAAUUGUAACGAUGAAAUUUGGAUAAAUUUUGCAUUCUUCA